AUGUCUUCUCUUCUCGGAUUGAAGUUCGGCCCAAAAAUUCGUUUCGAUGACUUCAGCUCAACUACGAAAAAGUAUAAAAUCCUUUUUUUUUUCAAAAAGGGAAUGGAAAAAUCUGGGAAAAAUACACGAAAACAAGCCAGGCGACGGUAGUUUUUCUGUAAGAGUAGUUGUUUAGCCCCCCCAAAUCGAAGACCAGGGAUCGCAUUCUCUCAACGGAACAUUACCUUUUUUUCUUUCCCUUUCUAGAAAGCCUAAAGAAUUUAGAACUUCAUAAGAGAGUUAUAUAUUCAAAAAGGCGUUUUUUUCUCAACUUCAAAGUUUAUUAUUUCACGUUGAUUUGAUAUUUAUAUCAUAUCCUUUUUAAGUUUCAUCAGAAAAGUUCAAAAAGUCAAAAGAACCUGAGCAAAUGGUUCUGAAGGGCUUGAGUCCACAUAUCCUCGGCAAGAUAAUAAUCUUUUCAAAACUGUAAAUCAACAAAAAGAAACUUUUUUCAGUUGUACCAAAAUCGAAAUUCCGCCUCAUGAGUAUCCGGCCACGCCCAGGGUAAUUUUCAAUAAUGUUUUCAAAAUAAGGGUUAAUUUUGGUUUAUCGAAAAAGGUCUCUGAAUGGCUUCCACUUUCUUGGACCUCGGUAACGACAGGCUUGUGCGUCAGGCCGGGCGGCCCGGCCCGGGCUUCAAAAAAAAAAUUUAAAAUUUCAUUUGGAAAAUUUUCACCGAAAUGUGACUUUUACUUCUGAAAUCAUAGUUUUUGUUAAACUUUAAGUGAAAAAAUGAGCAAAAACAUAAUUUUUGUCGUAAAAAAAACUUGAUAUUCGACUAGAAAAAAAUUGCGCGCUUCGGGCCGGGCGGGCCAUUUUUUCUUGAGGCCCCUCUAAGGCCGGGCCGGGCCGGGCUUACGAAAUGGUCGGGGGGCCAAGAGGGUGACGGGCCGGCCUUCGCACAAGCCUGGGUAACGAAAACCGGAACAGUCGGAGCUAUAGUGACCACUUUAGUAGCGUCAGCUUAAGUGAUCCCUAUAAUUGCCCCGACACGUCCAACUCGCGGCUGGUUCGAGUAACCAAGGUCCGAGUCAAUAAAUCAGAGGUAGAGAGGAAUAAAACUCUGUGGUCGCAUUCGGAAUGGCUUAAUGCGUCGCCGGCGCACUGCGGUUUUAGUUAGAGAGAAUCUCGAUUUUGUUUCUGGAAUAUCUUCAUAGUAACCGCUACACGUUGGGCCAUUCCCAGUGCAACUAAAAUCCUCAAAAUCGUAAAUCUCUGAAGGAUAUCCGCUCCAUCGAAUCUUCCAACUCGGUUACCUCGCUGGGAAAGCAUUGGAAGAAGGUUGACACGGCGACGUCUUCGGCAAGUGCAACGGCUUCUGGAAGCAGUCUUACCAUCAACGGCGAAGAGCCUAUCAAAACUGUGAAGACGUCAGAAUCGACGUCAUCAUCUACGACUAUGACUUCAUCGACAAAGCCCCACGACCUUCGAGCCGACUUUGAGCACACCCUCGGAAUGCAGCACAAGCAAAUGGGCAAACUGCGCCAGGUUAGAAAAUAGGUCGGAACGAUGCGGUUCGCGUCGCGGCUUGAACUACUCGCAAAAAUACUUUCUACGAAACAGAAAAAAUAAUACAGAAAGCGACUUUUUGCCAUCAGAACUACAUGCAACUUUUCUAUGGUCUUUAAAAAAUAACAAAGAAACUUUGAACGAGAGAGCUAUAAACUUUUUUUAUAGAAAACCAUAAGAGUCCAUUCACAAAAAUCUUGCUGAACAUAUAUGUUACAAAAAAAAUUUUUUUCUUUGAAGAACCGAUUAAGCAACAAGAAGGCUCAUUAUGUUUUCCUAAAGAGACGUUCAGACGUUGGCGACUUGCACCACGAGCCUGCAAAAUUCGACUCGAACUGUUUUGGAGACCCAAGCUCGCGCAACCACCAAACAUUUUGAAGAUGUUGGUCAUCUACAAUUUAAAAAAAACUGAAAACUAUCUUUUUUCUUAGCUUGAGGACAUUGUCGGCCGCCGCGAUGCGCAUUUUUUGAUGGAAAAACGUGAAUCGGAAGCUCAACGAGAACAUUUGGGAAAAGUUAUUGAAAAUGUAGGCUUUUGAAAUUUUUUCAAAAAUUGAGAUUUUUUCUCAGACUAUCGAUGUUUUUAAACUGCGAGACGAUGUGAAUGAAAUGUGGGAAGAAGAACGAGAAAUGAUUGCCGAAAAUGGGCUGCUCAAAUUGAUGAUGGAGGACAAUAACGUGAAGAGCAAACGACUCAUUGACUUGGUUUAGAAUUUUGUUUUUUUUUGAAGUGAAACUUAUGAAAAAAUGAUAUGGCUGAUAUGAAAAAGUAGCUCCAAGAAAACUUAAAAGGACGCAUUUUUUUAAAAUCAAAUUUUAGUGUUUUUUAACUUUUGGAACAAACUGCUUCUAACUAGUAAGUGUUGUUUUUCGAAUUAUUUCAGGGGUUUACCUUUAGUGGCUUUUUUCCGAAUUUUCAGUAAUUAUUUUUUUAAGAACUUAUAGAAGAGUUCUUAUGAUCACUGAAGGGUGUAGAAGCUACUACAGUUACCUCAGAUUUUAACUUGACCUUUCAAAAAAUGGCCCUCAUUUCACGGAAAAAAAAAGAUUCAGUCAUUAGAACUAUGCAACCCUGAAAUAAAGCAAAUAAAACUAUCUUUACCGAUUCUUCUUUGUAAAGCUUCAGGAUUCCUUUUUCAGACGUUGAGUUUCAAAAACGCGGACGUUGUACAACGCGGCGCCCUUUAUGAGGAGUUCAAAAGUCGCGGAUUGGCCUGGACUGCGGCUCAAACGACCAAAAUGGCCUCGAUGCUCCAUCGGCUUCGAGACUCGGUGAUUCCAAUCCGGAAUCAUGUCACUUACGAGGGAGACCGUCAAAUUAUUGAAGACGUCGUUCAGCGGAGUUACGAAGUCGAGAGUUUUCUUAUCAAUUUGCACGUAAGCCCUGUUUCGUACUCCAAAUGAACUGACCCAGGAACGGGGAUCUCUAAAGGCCUACCUCGGCGAAUUGAACCAAAGUAUUGCUGAAACGUCGGCGCCGGCUUCGGGAUCGACACGGUCGUUGACGUCGGCAUUCGAGAAUUCCGAGUCGUUUGUGACGACGUUGCCGGCGGCGUCCUAUGCCUCGUUGGCGUCGUUGAAGACGGCUCGGCCUGAUGAUAAGCUUUUCUCGGCGGCUAGGUGAUUGCCUCGACUGUUUUAAACUUGAGCCUUCCCCGAAACUUUAAUUCUUCAAACUGGCUACCAAACUGUUACUAAAAUCCUUCUUGUUCAAGCGAAUAGGCUUGGUCAAAUCGUACCAAAGUGACCAGAAAUUGAGUCCGAUUUUCCGCCAAACUUUUCAAAAACUUUGGAACUCUAUUUAUCUUCAAAAUAAAUUAGACAUUUAACUUUGGCAGUUCCUGGAAAUCGGCAAGCGAAAACUGGACGAUGACUUCCUCGACGAACCGUACAAAAGUGAUGAGCGAGUCAGACCGAUCCCUCUCAGAAUAUGCGGCUCCUACGGAAAAAUCGGCCUCCCAUCUCAUUUCGGCUUCUUCCAGAGAUCCUUCUGGUUUUAUAAAAAAAAAGUUUUUUCGUGUGAUUUUCUUAUUGCAGUCUUCAUUGAAAAGCACUUUACUCCUCAGCCGACGCAGCUAAGCUCAAGCACUCUCAGUCUUCCGCCUGACCCGUUGCGUGAGUUCUAACGUGUGAAUUGGACUUUUAAUCAAUAUUUCAAUUCAGCUCACCAGCAAAAUGACGCCAAACAAAUUCUGAUAAAUAGCUUUUUGAAGGACGUUUCUGAGAACCCGCCAAAGACUUUGGGUGCUCGACCUACGGAUAUCGAGUCUAAUGGCCAGCUUUCGUGUAUUUUCUCUUUAAAAACAACUAAAUAAUUUUUCUGAAUGAGGAAAAGGCGAUUUAAUUUGUAAAUUGAACAAAACAAUGAACAAAAAAAUCGACUUUGCGCCAGAGCGCAAGCAUGUUUCUGCUGAAAAUUUUUUUGAUUUUUGAAAAAUUUUAAGUUUUUGCGACUUCGAACUUUUUUUAUUUCAUGGAAAUUUUUUUAUGAACACGACAUAUUUAAUUUUCUCAUAGAACUAGUUUUGAAAAACGGGCUCGUUCAGCGUUCAGUGUAAUAAUUUCACAUUUCGUUUUAUUUUGGAAAUUGAAACGUUUCAGUUAAAAAUUGUCUUUUUCCAGAACCCGAACGCGACGUCUACACUGCAAAAGAUAUUUCUGGUAAGUUAAUAAAUAAUUAUUAAUUUUCACAUUUCAUUUCAGAUUAUGAAAAAGCACUGGAGCUGUCAAACACGACUAGGGCCAGUGUCAAAGGUUUUUCACUUUGACUAGUUUGAAAAACCGAAAAAACUAACAAAGUUCAGGUUUUUCUCAACGGUCCGAUAAUGCUCGUGGACCUUAUGGUUGGAUUCAGAAUAAAAUUUCAAAGAGCAUUAUUAUUUUCAGAUGUUAACGAAUUGCUGAAAUACUGGAAGCCAGUUUACGACGCAAUUAAACGUAAGUUUUUUUCUGCUUAAUAAUGAACAUUUUGUUUUUGUAGAAAAAAAGAUGACUCGGUGACGAAACGACGCUCGAGAAGCCUGGCCGGUAAAUUUUUUUCAAUGAAUCUGUUUUUUUCAAACGGUUUCAAUUUUAAAAAAAAGUCUAUCAAAAACGUUCUCCCGCCAUUUUUUUGAAAUUUAAAUAGACCUGAAACUGGCUAUUAUCUUCCUUAUUUUUUUCUUCUAAUUUAGUAUGAUUCCCUGAAACAGUUCAUUUAAGACAGACCAAUUUCCAUUAGAAAAUGAUGAAUAAGAGUCUUUAUUGAAUUUGAAAAAAAAAUUUUUUUUUCCACAUGAAUGCAUACGGCCUCGGAUUUUUCAUUUUUUAGCCAAGCGAAGCCGUUCCAAGACCCGUUCUCGAAGUCGAACCCGCACUUCUUCGGUUUCGACAGGCCGUUCCGACUUUUCAAAGCCGACCACUGCUUUGACGGCCAUUUCGGGCAACUCUCUCGACUGGGGUUCGUUCUAGGGUAAUCGAAAUAGGCAUUAUUUUUGACCGCUAGUAUAAUUUUCACCAUGAGAAUCGCUUUUUCCAUUUCUUGCCUUAUUCGAAGAACUUAGAUGAUACAAAUUGAAGAAAAAAAAAUCGAAAAAUUCGUUGAGCGAAUUUUUCGUUUUUUUUUUAAAUCUCUAGAUAAAUUUCCGACGAAUCCCUCCCCGACUGAAAAUACGUUUUCAUGACUUUUUUUUACAUCAGUUUUUGUUGUUUUCGUCAUCCAUCAAUCUUAUUUAUAUGGAUACAUUGAAAUCUAAGAAUCUAUCGAAAAAUAAGUUCGAAAAAUUCCGUAGAGAUAUGAAAAAAAUCGGAAGAGUCAUCAUUGACAAAUUUGCUUUUUUUUUUUUCAACGCCAGUUUUUUAUGGUUUCUUUCGUUUCAUUAAUAUUAUAAUCUAGUUUCUAAAAAAAUAACGUGGUAAGGACAUGAUUUCCACUUCUUGUUGUUGAGGUUCGGAAAUCUUUUUCUAAACUUGAAACUGGGAGAAAAAAAAACAUAUUCAGCGAAAUUCUGAAAAUCUUCGUUUUCCAGCUAUAAAGAAGCCUGCUUCGCUGAUGACGUGCCUCUCUAACUUUGCCGAUACGUCACUCAGUUCGAGUAUUUUAUUGAUUUUUAAGAUUCAGUUCAAAAAUUGUCUUACAGAGACUUGCCUUUCCAACUUUGCCGAUACGUCACUUAGCUCGAGUAAUUUAUCUUCAUCAUUUUUAUCAGCUACUGAAACUCUUUUUAGAGACUUGCCGCUCCAACUUCCCCAAGACUUCUUCGUCCUCAUCUUCGUCAUCUAUUUCCUACUCUUCUAGAGGUUUUAUUUUCAUUUUUCGUGUGUUUUUUGAAUUUAUAAGGGUUGAAAUAGAGGGAUUUUAGCAUUAUAUAGUCGAAUUCCCCUACCUUUUUGAUGGAUCAUCGGCUGAAACAUAACUUUGAAAAGACUGAGGAUUCGCGAAUGUCAUAGUUAUGUUUAUAAAGGAAACUAAUUGAAUAAGAAACACAUUUCGACAUCCAGAAAUAGGUUCACAAUCUUCAGACUUUUCAGUUAGAGUAAGCUGCAUACAGGAAGAUUUUGAGGACUUUUCGUAUAUUUUUUGAAGCAGUUGAAGUAAAAUUCAAAGGGAAAUUCUGCAGAUUCAUGGCCGAAUGCCUCGCUGUCGGAAACUAGAGCCAGAACCGCCCAUUCUAUCGGCAGCGCGGUGUCGCCGAAGCCGCCACGCAGCGGCAGCGAAGCUUCGCUCGGACCGACGUCCAAUCCGACGUCGACGGCGUCUUCCGAGUCGUCGCCGAUCCUCAGGACGGCCCGAAGCAUCGGUGGCGAAUAUUUUGAGCCUUGAUUUGAUUUAUUGGGUUCAGAAUCAUUAACGGGAGUUUCGCAGAACCGCUUGUACAACUCUCUGAAGCUCAACGCCAAUCUGUGUGGCGUCCCGAUUUCGGUGAGACAAGUUUGAAGAAACAAAAUUGUUUUUUCCUACGAGUAGAUAGAACCCUUUUCUACGAUGUAUCUGGGUGUGCCCCUUCAAUUCAGCCUGAGUUUUCCAUUACAUUAAAGGCACAUGAAAAAAACAGGACGCGCGCAUUGGAAUGACUGUAUAGGGAAGAACUUGAAAACAAAACUGAAAAAUUGGAGACGGUCUGAUUUCUCUGCGCUCUCCCUUUUUUACGUGAUGUCAUCAAGUUUCCAUGACGUCACCGAGAGGAAAGAGAAUAAGCAAGCGAGCUAGACCGUUUCAAGUCGGGGCUUAUAAAUUUCGCUGGGACUCAGUUGAUGGAGAAAGUCUUGUAGGUUUAAAGCGAUUUGGCUGCGCAUCGACUGAGCUUUCAGAAUUGUGAGAAUUUACAAUUUUUUUCGUUUUACUCCUUUCCGUCCAAGUCAGUCUUAUUUUCUGAUUGAAGGACUUUCUCUAGCCUUUCUUUCCUUUCUUUCCUCUAUUUUCUCUCACUACUCUGCUAAACGAAAUAGAUUAACAAGUGGAAGUUGGAGGGCGCAGACAUGCAUGAUUGAAAUGUCUAUUGGUUCUUGCUCCGAAGUUGUUGCUGAGUCGGCAAAAAUUUGCGUUUUUUUUUAUUCCUGACGGCAGCCGUCUCGCGGACCGCAGCGCAAGCUGAGCCAUUUCCCAAUCUUUUUGCAGAACCUUUUGAAAAGCGACGACGAAUGCAGCACUCAAACGUCGCACUCGCGUUGA